AUGGCCUGCUGCCUUUCUGAGGAGGCAAGGGAGCAGAAACGCAUAAAUCAAGAGAUUGAAAAGCAGUUGCAACGUGAUAAACGUAAUGCUCGACGAGAACUCAAACUUCUUUUGCUCGGAAGCAUCCAAAAUCACUGUAUUAAGCAUCCAACUACUUGA